AAAUUACAAAAAUUUUGCCACGCAGGCGUGAAGAACGUUUUACCCUAAUGGCGACAUGUGUUAGCUAUAAUGUGUUUGUAGUUAACGUUUAUUUUCGUGAAACAAAGCUUCUUUAUUCAUUGUUAUGGCGUCAAUGGUCUGUGCUGGUACUGGUCAAUACCUGUAAACAUGUUUUGUUUUUGACUAAAUACUUUGUCUUGUUACGUGUUAUGUAGACGUAAUGACACGUGCAUCUUAUGAGACUAUAAAUAAACCCCUUCGGACAAACACACAGUCACAUUCAGACACACUGUCGUUUGUUUUAAAGCUUAAUACUUUAUUUUGCUUCUUUGGUACAUUUGACUUUCUACUUCAAUUAUUUUUCCUCGAAAUCUUGAAUAAUGGCUACAGAGUACAGAAAUCCCACUGAAAUCAUCGUGAAUCACAUCAUUUCAUCUGCAGAUAUUCAAAAACGAAAUCAAGCAUUGUUUGCUGGCGAUUUAUUGAAGACAAUGGAUAUCACAGCGUGUAUUUCAGCUGAAAGACACGCCAAACUGCCUUGUGUAACUCUGAUGAUGGACGAUCUCGUAGUUAGCAAGGAUUUAUACAAAGGUCAGGUCGUAAAUGUCACCGCAAAGUUGACUCGUGCAUUUGGCUCCAGCAUGGAGGUCGUUGUCGAUGUUCAUCUCAAGGAUAUGUUUACAGAUGAAGAUGUGCAAGUGUGUCAGGCGUAUUUCGUGUUUGUGGCCCUGGCUAAAGUUGGUAAAGCCAAACUCACUCAUCUUGAUCCUGUAACAUACGAUGAACGUUUAGAAUACGCAUUGGCUUAUGAACGACGUCGAUUGAGAUACGCCGCAAGAAACGCAGCUAAAGCAAAAUCUGCUAAAAAAAAUGCUGACUCAUCGACUGUGGCAAAUUUUGAUGCAAUUUCUCCUGGUGAGGUCACCAUGAAGGAUACAGCUGUUGAAAGUACAGAAUUGGUUGCACCUAAUGACGCCAACCAUCAUCAAACGACGUUUGGUGGUCAAAUCAUGGCUUGGUUAGUUUCCUUAUGCACCAUCUCUGCCACCAAGCUUUGCAAGAAAUCGCCCACCAUCGUCGAGCUUGAUGGUGUGCAUUUUCUUGCAAAGUCAGUUGUUGGUGAUCGGUUGCUGUUUAAGGCCAUGGUCAACAAAACCUUUGAUGACAAAACCUUUGAAGUUGGUUGUCGUGUUGAGUCAAGAUCACUUGAAGGAAACAUUGCGCACAUUAACAGUGCUUACAUCACCUUUGCCCUCCUUGAUGAAAAGAAGCAACCUCUGGAUGUGCCUGUUGUCAAGGCUACAACUGCAGAUGAGUUGAAACGACAAGGCAAUGCCGUUAUCAGACGUCAGAAUAAGAUCGCCAAAGAAAAAAUUCUAGGGAAAACUGGUCCUGCUUUGACUGUACCGUGGACGCAAAAAGCAAGUGAUAUGUUGGCUUUCCACAAUGUCUCCGCUGUCAAAAGAAUGUAUCACAUGUCAUUCACUGAAAUCCAGAAGAUAUGCGAUUGUGAAGUGUCAUCACACAAGCAGGAUCAUAUCACGUGUUUCAAAGUGGAAACAUCAAUUGGUAAACCAGCUGCGGAUGUUUUCAAAGCAGUUCAGUUGGAAACACGUGCAUGCUGGGAUAUCAUUAUUAGCCAGUCGAAGCUUGCGCAGAAGAUAGACGAGGACGAUAACCUCUAUUAUGUUAUUUUAGCCUCUUCAUUUGACGGUGAUAAGAGUUCCAGCAAACCUGGCGAUUAUGUCGUCAUGGAAUCAUUUCGUCCUGCUGUAGAAAAAGAUGUUUACGUUGUUGCCUACCGCUCAGUCAGCCUUGAAUCAUACCCUGAAAGCGAUCAGUAUAAACGCCAGGCAGAUUUAAGUUCUGGCUUUGUGAUUUCUCAAUCCGCUAGUGAUCCCAACCAAUCAACGUUAACCUUCGUCUUUCAAGUUACCAAUGAAGCGGCUGCUCUUAUCUUGCCAAAUAUUCAGAAGAAUAUCCAAUUUUUUUCUCAACGCAUGCAAAAACUUCGCGAAUAUCUGAAAGUAUAACUGAAAAACAAUGAUAACGUGUUUGAAAAACAUUUUAAUUCCUUACAGUUUUGUUGUCCCGACCAUUGUCGUGACAUUGUAGAGUAUACCUUAAUACCGUGUCUUACACCAAGUAGUCAAAUUUUAGAAAUGAGUUGUAAUUUCACAAAGCGAAAUAAAAUUAUACAUUUUUGUU